AUGGAGGAUCAAAAGCAAUUUAAGUGGGAGAUAGAUAACUUCUUGGAGAAGGAAACCACGGUAUCAUCACCAAACUUCUUAAGCGGCGACUGCGAAUGGUACGUUAGCGUAUUUCCUAAUGAUGAGUCCAGAAUGUAUCUGCACGUCUGCCUUGGAAAUCCUAAUUCAUUGCCACUUGGAUGGAAAGUACGAGCUACUUUUUCAUUCGUUGUGUUGAAUCAAUCACUCAAAGAGCUCUACAGAUUAGAUGAACCGCGCCGAUUGUUCAGCGCUCAGGAAGUAGCAUGGAGUUGUUAUGUGCCUCUCGAGAAGCUUCAUGAAAAAGGGGUUUUGGAGAAAAAUAAACUCACCUUAAAAGUCCAAGUAGAAGUAGUUGAAGUUGUUGAUGAAGAGAAUGAGAAAUUAGAAUUCGAUGGUCGUGUCCAAGUUCUUGCUUCUCAGGUGUAUUCAGUGAUCGAGCUUUUCAUGAAGCACCCGGACAUUGCAAGGAGUUUCAGACCAAGAAAGCAUUUGGUGAAGACAGCAUGCAUGAACGACCUCCUCAGUUUCAUCGAGAUACUGAACAAGCCUCCAUAUAGCUUAUCCCAGACUGAGCUAAACAACAUUCUCAGGGAUUUGAUCGAGCUAGCAGAAGCAGGCAUCACGCUAGACUGGAUAAAGAAAAAGCAUGAUGAGAUCCAAGAACGUGAGAUCCAAGAACGUGAGUCCAACAAGAUUAUGAUAGCUGAACUGAAUAAGGGGACUAAGGCUAUUACUCGUGAUGCUAGAGACUGGCUUAAGGGUGUUGUUCACUCUUGGAAAGUAAGAGUGGGGGAUUUGCUGAUGUUUGCAAGGAAAAAUAAAACUAAACACAGUUUCCUUAGUGCAGAGUUUGAUGGAUUAUCGAAGCCAUUAUUAUAA